AUGAGUUCAGAUUUGUUUCUCCCGAUAAACCUGAAGUCACUAGAAGCCACAGAAGCCGCUGCAGGUGACAUGGCAGCGGUGCAGAGCCGUGUGGAAGUGCAGGUGUCCCCUCUCCCCACACCUCGGCCUGGACCCAACACCUUUCACAAAAACAUCUGGCUCUGCCCCACAUCUGGAAGCCUACACGUUUCUCCCCAAUUAGCGCUCCUGCUCGCUCCUCUGUAUUCCCAUGGAGCGCUAGUCCACUCACCACCCUGUCCCGCUGAUGGAUGUCGCUGCCCAGGGCUUUCAUCAGGACCACAGACACUGUUUGGAUCCGGGACGUCCCGCCUGCGCCUCCUCACCUGA